AUGAAACCAAGUUGUGAUAGUGAUUAUUCUUCGUGUUCCGAACACAUUGGGACGGAGGUCAAUUUUGGGAAUAAUAUGUUAUUGGUUGAUUGUGGAGCAACAUCCCAUAUUAUCACUGACGAGUCCAAGUUUACAAGCUUUGACGAUGCAUUCAAACCCAAUUCACAUUACAUUCAGUUAACAGAUGGCACAAAGUCAAACAAUGUGGCACUAAAGAGGGGUAAUGUAAGUAUACACAUAAUUGAUUCCACAGGGAAAUGUACAGCUGUAUCUUUGAAGAAAGCACUGUACAUACCUUCCUAUCCACAAGAUAUAUUUUCUGUGCAAGCUGCAACCGAGAAAGGAGCAAGUGUUGAAUUCCACCCACAGUCAGCAGAAUUAAAGAGCACUGAUGGCACAAAGUUUAACAUAGAGAAACAUGGUAAACUUUAUUAUUUACCCACCGUACCUAACAAAGACCACGAAAAUGAAGAGUCUGUAAACUACACUUGUGACCUAAACAGUUGGUAUAACGUACUAGAGCAUUGCAACUGUGAGGACAUAUGGAAGUUGCAACAUGUCGUUGAUGGUAUGAAGAUCAGUGGUAGCAGAACUGCCAAACCAGAUUGUGAAACUUGUCUUUUGCGAAAGAUGACUCAUAAUAGAAAUAGAAAUCCUGACAUUCGAUCAAAGAACCCUUUGGAACUUGUACACACCGAUCUUGCUGGUCCUGCAGAUCCUGCUUGA